AUGUCGAAUCCUUCGGUCCCCGGGCUUCUCUCGUUCUUUUUCUUGUUCCUCGCGUUCCUCUCCUCGCCCGCCGUGGCGCACCCAAACUUUCCGGGUGGAUGCAGCGCUUUGACCGGACACGGUGUAGGGAGCUACGGUAAUAAUCCCGGCUACUGGAAACUGGAACUCGACGGGGGCAACACCGCGAGCCUGAACGACCGCGUAGUUGUCAAACUGUACGAUAACUCGGACGGAGGAUACCCAUUCAAGGGAUUCAUCUUGAAGACUUCGGCUGGCACGCUGACCGCCAAGAGCUCGCACGCCGCAGCCGUUUCAGCGUGCACCGGGGCGAUCGGGCACACGGAGUCGAGCGGCAAGACCGUCGCCGAGGCUUACCUGGACCUACCAUCAUCGGAGGGCACGGUGACGGUCACCGCGGAGGUAGUGUACAGUAAGACAUGGGUGAGCGCGCUCACCCUGGACAUCGAAGUCGUCAAGGCGUGGACCCAAGUCGGGAACGACAUAGACGGCACAUCUCAAAAUGACCAGCUCGGGAAUUCAGUUUCGAUGAACACCGACGGCACGAGAAUGGCUGUUGGGGCUCGUGGAUCCAAUACCUAUGGUACUACAGGCGGAGGAUACUUGCGCGUGUAUCAGUACGACCAGACGAAGUCACCGGCGUGGCAACAGAUGGGCCCGGACAUCCCAGGAGGAGCUAUUGAUUACGAGUUCAGGGGAGAGAUAGUGUCCAUGUCGGGCGACGGCACGAAGGUUGUCUCUAUCGGGGGAGCCUUUUCAGCGGCUGCGGUUAAGGUGCACGAGUGGAGCGGUGCGUCACAGGAGUGGACAGCCAUGCCCGGUUUCCCCCCGGCUGAACAGAAUGGGUACAUGUACGCAGUGGCAAUGUCUUCUGAUGGCAUGCGCGUCGCGCUUGUCAAGAAUGACGUGAACGGGAUAAGUGGAAUUGGAUUGUUCGUCUACGAGUUGGGUUCGGGCGGGACUUGGUCGCAUGUAAAUACAUACCCUGGGCUCUCUUCCUCAAAUGCUGGGUACGCAGUGGCGCUAUCUGCGAACGGCAUUCGCGUGGUUGUCGGGAUACCAGAACACGGAGUGGUGCAGGUAUACGAUCUGAAGUCACCUGCAAACGUCUGGGAACAAGUAGGAGAAACGAUGAGCGGCGGCAGCAGGUUUGGAACAUCGGUGGCCAUCUCAGCGGAUGGGACUCGCCUGGUCGCCGGACACCCCGGGUCAAUCAGUCCCAGUUAUGAGAGUACAUCCAGUACGGAACCGUACGCACGCGCGUACACAUUGAACUCAGGGUCAUGGGUGCAGCUUGGGAGCGAUGUGAAGAUGGGGCAGACAUCAACUUCUUCCUUAAUUUUUCCUUACUUCUUUGGGAGUUCCGUGGACAUGUCCGACGAUGGCUCGCUCAUUGCCAUCCGUGCAGUUGCAAUGAGCGCGUAUGGUGCUUCAGACGGAAUGGCAUCUACCCAUCUUUACAGUCUGAACUCUGCGACGAACGACUGGGAAAAGACUGGCACCAGCAUCAAAGCUGAAGAGGCUAACGACGCUAUGCUCGGGCUGUAUUUUAACCCUCGACAACUUUCGCUCGCCGGCAACGGAAAUUACGUGGCCAUCGGCGCGCCGGGGAACGACGGCGCUGCGCCCGGCGCUGCGGGACACGUUCGGGUGUACAAGAACCCGAGUCUGGCGCAGGGGAGUCCGGCGCCAGCGGCCCCUGCGCCACCGAGCUCGAACUCGUCGAGCUCCUCGUGUUCCUCCUCCCGCGCCACCGGCGGCAACGUCACCACCUUCGGCGAGUACACCAUCCACACGUUCACGUCCAGCGGCACGUUCACCGUCACCGAUUCCUCUCUGACCGAAGUGGAGGUGCUGGUCGUGGGUGGCGGCGGCGGCGGCGGCGGAACGCCCAACACAGGUGGUGGCGGUGGAGGAGGAGCACCAAAUUUCUCGGAGUUCCCGGGAUCAAAUGGCGGUUCUGGUAUCGUCAUCGUCCGCUACAAGUCCGCUACCUGCAGCGACCAAAGCUGCGCCACGGACUACUACCACGACGGCGCGAGCUGCGUCGCGUGCCCGACCGGCUCGAACAGGCUGCCGGAUACCGCGAACCAGUGCUUAUGCCCAAAGGAUUACUACCGCUCACACACACAAACGUGCGCCGCGUGCCCUCAGGGUACCACCAGACCCGCGGGAGACACCGUCCCGGGUGGCGACGCGACGGCGUGCUCGGCCGAACCUUCGUCAUCGCCUUCGCCAUCGUCGUCAUCAUCGUCGCCCAACUCAGCCCAAGACAAGAAGGCGGCGGCUGAGAAGACGCGCGACUCGAUCCUCGCCGACAUCACUGACGCAAGAUUAAAGGCGAAGGCCAAGCUUCUGGCGGAUGCCGCGAUCGCCGGCGUGAAGGUGCAGAGGCUGACGGCCAAGCUGCCGGCGGCGGACGAGGACGCCGCGUGCUCGACCGCGUUCACCAAGGCUGAAAUGAGCGCGAGCGACGGCGCUUGCGUGGCGAAGGCGGCUUCGUCGGGCAAACGCCGCCUCUCCGCGACGACGUACGAUGUCGAGAUCAUGUUCAGCUCGGCGGUGGUGAGCGACGACGCGCUGACCAAGGCGGCCGACGCGCUCAAGGCUAACGGCGUCGAGGGCGUGACGUCUAAGACAUCCGUGGACCCGAUCGCCGAGCUCAAGGUCAUCCCCGGCAUCGACACGAGCAAGCUCCAAACGUUUGACAAGGAGGCGACGGAAGCGGCGGCGGCGGCGCCUUCGGUCUCGACGCCCGCGCCGCCGCCGCCGCCGCCGCCCCCGAGCCCACCGCCGCCAAGUCUUGUGCAGGACGACGAUGACGCGGCUACCGGCGGCGCCAUGGGAAAGCCGAAGUUCUACGGCGUGGCUCGGGGCCGCGCCCCCGGCGUUUACGCCACCUGGGACGAGGCGCGCGCGCAGGUGGACGGCAUCAAGGGCGCGGUUCACAAGUCCUUCUCCACGCGCGAGGAGGCGGCGCGGUGGGUCUCGGCGCGAAAUCCCGACAUCUCCGGGACGAUGAUGACGGGCGAGGCGCGGCCGAGCGCGGGCGUUCCGGACCGCGCAUCCGCGCGGAGCCCACCGACGUCGCCGGGCAAGCCCAGGGCACCGCGGAGCGCGAGCUCGAUGGGCGGCGCGCGCGCUUUGUCCACCUCCGCGCGCGAUGGGGGCGACCCGAUCGCCGCCGCCGAGGGCGCCAACGGAAAAGAUGACGAGGCACGCGAGAACGACGCCGCUUCCGCGCCGCCUCCGACGCCGCCGCUCGCCGACGGAUCCUACACCCUGUACUUCGACGGCGCGAGCCGCGGGAACCCCGGCCCCGCGGGCGCCGGCGCCCUCAUCCGACGCGACGCCGACUCCCGCAUCGGCGCGGGGGUCAACGUCGCGCCGGGGGCGGACGACGGGGCAGCGUCGGGCGCGGGGUUCGGGGGCGGAUCGGGGUUCGGAUCGGGUGGCGGAACGGGCGGCGGGUUGGCGAAGGGGACGUCGAGGGCGCAGUCGAUGCGACCGACGGAUCCGUGGUGGGGCGCAGGUAAGGUUCGCGGCGUGCACGUCGCCGCGGGGCACAAGCGGGAGAGGGGGGGCGGCGUGCGAGUGCGGGCGGCGCCCGCGCCCGUCGUCGUCGAUCUCACCGCACCCUCGGAUGACGAGGAGGGGGCGGGGGCGGGGGCGAGACCGACAGCGACGGGUUCGGCGUUUGGAGGCCCCGCGUUCGCGUCGCUCACCGCGUCGUCGUUCGCGUACCCCGCGCGGUGCGGCGGCGGUGGUUCGAGGUCGUGGCGUUGGCCGUCGCCGCCGGCGAUCGCGGCUGGCGCAGUGUCCGAAGCUCGCGGUUGGAUAGGGUCGGCUUCGCGGCUGAGGCGUUCCGUCGCCGUGGCUGUUCCCGGGCCGACGCACGCGCCGUCGCACAACGUCGUCGCGGGGGCGUCGCGCGCGUCGUCGUCUUCGGCGGCGGCGGCGGCGGCGGCGGCGCACAGGUGGCUGCCGAUACUGCGGGGGAGCGUGCGAUGGAUGUCGAGGCUGGUCGCGUGA